UACAAUGAAGUACUAGUUUCUGUUGGUUUGUCAGUCAAAGUGAAACUCAAGUGUUGGAACAUGUGAAGCAACACUUCCAACGUGUGAGCAAUGUUGUUUGUUCUUACCAAAUUCCAUAGCUACUAUCCUAAAUUUUCCCUUUCAUUCUCCCUCUUCAAUUUCAAUUUCUCUCAUGCAUACCCCUUCCAAUCUCUUCAAGGUUAACAAUCUUUCCUCUAAGAAUAAUGUCUCACUGUUCAAUCAAGGAUACAGAAAUAAGUUGGUGGCAUGUAGAUACAGCUUAUGAAGAACUCAAAAAUGGAACUCACAAUGUGAAAACCUCAAAGGAUACUUUCAUCUGUCCCUACUGUCCUCACAGAAAACAGGAUUAUGCAUACAAGGAACUUCUAGAACAUGCUUUUAUGGUGGAUCGGACUAGUUCCGAAAACACAAGUGCCAGAGAGAGGGCUAAUCAUCUCGCGUUGUUGAAGUAUUUGGAAAAGGAUAUUGUAAAAGGUGAUGAUCCAACAAAACCAGCAAAUGGAGGCAUUCUUGUUGAUUCCGAAAAGCAGUUUGUGUGGCCGUGGACUGGGAUUGUGGUUAACAUUCCCACGAGAAUUACAGAAGAUGGACAAAGUGUUGGUGAAAAUGGUUCCAAGCUAAGGGAUGAAUAUCGAAUCAGGGGCUUUAAUCCAACUAGAGUCCGCCCACUCUUGAAUGCCUCGGAUCACGCCGGAGCUGCAGUCGUGGAAUUCGAUAAAAGUUGGCUAGGGUUAUAUAAUGCAUUAUCAUUUGAAAGGGCGUAUGAAUUAGAUCAUCAUGGGAAGAAGGCUUGGCUUUCUCAUACCGAACAAAAAUCUGGUCUCUACGCGUGGGUUGCUCAAGCUGAUGACUAUCAAAUGAACAAUGCAAUCGGGGAACAACUACAAAAAAUGGACGUUAAAACAAUACCUGAAAUCAUGGAACAUGAUGAUAGAAUGUUCAAUAAACUUGUGUCUAGUUUGAAUGACACUCUUCAGGUAAAGAAAAACAAGAUAAAAGAAAUGGAAGUAGAAUGCAACGAAAUUACACUUCGCAUGGACGUUGUAAUACGCGAAAUAGAUAGACUCUCUCAAUCUCAUUGUGAAGAGAUGAAGAAAAUAGAGUCAAGUGCAACUCAACACUUUCAGAGUGUUUUGAAUGGUCAUGAACUACUAAAGUUGCAACUCGAAUCUCAGAAAAGAGAACUCGAGUUACGAAGAAUUGAACUGGAAAAACGCGAGGCAAAUAAUGAAAGUGAACGAAAAAAGUUGGAAGAAGAGAUUACUGAGACUUCAACGAAAAAUCGCUUACUUGAAAUGGCUGCUCUGGAGCAACAGAAAGCUAGUGAAAAUGUUUUGAAACUGGCCGCGGAUCAAAAGCGGCAAAAAGAACACCUCCAUGCAAAAAUCAUCCAGCUUGAAAAACAAAUAAAUGUGAAACAAAAACUGGAAUUGGAGAUUCAACAACUAAAAGGAAAGUUAAAUGUCAUGAAGCACAUGGAAAAUGAUGGAGACUUUAAUGUUCUGGAUAAGAUGUAUGCUUUACACAGAGAUUUAAGAGAAAAGGAACGGUUGCUUCGAGACAUGAACGCAUUGAACCAAACACUGAUCGUUAAAGAGCGUAAGAGCAAUGAUGAACUGCAGGAGGCUCGAAAGGAAUUGAUUACUGCCAUUAAAGAGAUGCCGAGCCGUGCCAAUAUUGGUGUGAAGAGAAUGGGGGAGCUUGAUGAUAGACCAUUUCUAGAAGCUAUGAAGAAGAAAUUUGACGCGGAUGAUGCAGAAAAUAGAGCUUCGGAACUGUGUUCGUUAUGGGAAGAGUAUCUGAAGGACUCUGAUUGGCAUCCAUUCAAAAUUGUUAUAAUUCAAGGAAAACAUCAGGAAGUUAUUGACGAUGAAGAUGAAAAGCUGAAAGAACUUAAGAACGAGAUGGGGGAAGAAGUCCACGGAGCUGUGGUGGCAGCAUUGAAAGAGAUAAAUGAAUAUAAUCCGAGUGGGCGGUAUGUAACCUCGGAGUUAUGGAAUUAUGCAGAGGGAAAGAAAGCAACUUUGCGAGAAGGAGUAAAAGUUUUAUUGAAACAAUGGAAAUUAAAAAGACGAAAAAGGGGAAGGAGAUGAAGCAAGGUAUGUUUCUAAUGGAAUAUGAUACUGCAUUUUGCUUUUGAAUUGUAUAGCUUGAAGAAGAUUCUAUUAAGCUUUGCUGUAA